UGGAGGUCCUUCCCAACCUUAAUGAUUCUGUGAUUCUAUGACUAUGAUCUUGCGCCAUCCUGCACCUUCCUGUCCUGUCCUGCACUGCCCCUCUCUGUCUUGCACCGCUCUGCUCUGUCCUGCACUGCCCUGCAUCGUCCUGUUCUGUCCUCGACUGCCCCACUCUGUUCUGUCCUGCACUGCCCUGCCCUGCCGUGCCCUGCCGUGCCCUGCCCUGCUCACCCUGCCUGCCCUGCCGGCCCUGCACCGCUCUGAUUCUCCCACCGGGACAGCCAGGCCGGGGCGGAUGGCGGGGACAGCUCCCGGGACUGGCCUCGGCGGCAGCUGGGCCACGCCAGCACCGCCUGUGAAUCUCAUCACGGCGGAGCUUGCCCCAGGGAGCAGUGCGGGGGCCAAGUCUGGGGCCGGCCGUGCCGUGUGGGCAGACGGCGUCCGGCAGCGGCAUGGCGGGGACGGUGCUGCCCCUCUGCCUGCUCCUCGCUGCCGCCCUGCGGGGUGGCCUGCCCGAGGCACCGGGACCCGCAGCCCGCACUGGCCCCGUGCUCCAGCGGCUGCGGAUGCUGGAGGAGCAGUUUCGCCGUUUCCAGGAGGUGACGCUGAGCCAUCUCCAGAGCAUCGCCAGGAACUACAACAUCUCCUACAACAUCGACAGACGGUUUCAGGUGCUGGCAGAGCAGGCGGAGGCAGCCGACGCAGCCCGGGCCGUCCUGGGUGCCGAGCUGGCCCGCCUGGCUGCUGCUGGCCGGCGGCUGCACCGCAGGGUGAAGCGGCUGGAGGGGACGGUGGGUGGCCUGACCCCCCGGCACCGCCUGCUCACUCGCCCUGAGGCUGGUGCUGAGCCACACAGCCUGUGGGACACAGUCCGCAGCCAGCAUGAGCCACGGGGCCCCGUGCCCCCCAGCACUGCCAGCCCUCGGCCCCUGAAGGUGCGGCAGCAGCUGUGGGAGGAAGGGCACCGGCUGCUGGUGGAGACUGGGACCAUUGGGAUGCCCGUGGAGGACACGGAGCCCCUUCGUGACGCCCAGGCUGUCACAGCGGUGCUGUCUGCCAUGGCCACGGGCCCCCAGGAGCAGCUGGGGACAGGUAGGUGCGGGCCCAGAGGGGUGGCUGCUUCCUGCUGCCGCCAGGCUUGGCUGGGGGAGUGUGUGUGGGGGGUGUUCAAGCCCCAAGGUUGCAUGGCCCAUGCCAGGGCACCAGGGACAUUCAUCCUUGCAGCCCUGGCUGAGCGCUGCUCUCCUUCCCCAGCCUGCGACGUGGGCCCAGUGCUGCUCUUCCCCAGCGCCUCUGCCAGCAACGCGGCUGUCCUGCAGCCAGGGCUGCGCGCGGGGCUGUGGGCGCUGUCGCUCUGCACCUGGGUGCUCACCCCGGCCCCCCGCCUCGGCACCGUCCUGUACUACGCCAGCGAGGACGGGGACAGCAAGCUGGCCGUGCACGGCCGGGACAGGGAUCCUGGAUCCGCGCGUUUUGUCAUCGGGGACACAGCGUUUCGGGAGCUCCCAGUGACACCGCUCCUGGAUGGCAAAUGGCACCACCUCUGCCUCAUCUGGUCCUCCGGCCGGGGCCAGUACCGCUUCUAUGUGGACAGGAGGCUGCUGGCCGCCGGCUCUGGCUUCCAGCAGGGCUAUGAAAUUCCCGCUGGCGGCUCACUGGUGCUAGGCCAGCCGCAGGGCCACGUCAGAGUGGGAUUUAGCCCCACGGGAGCCUUUGUGGGCCGGCUGGCCGGCUUGGCCCUCUGGAGCCGGGCUGUCAUGCCCGGGGAGGUGGCCAGCAUGGCAACUGGCCAGGGGCUGCCCCACAGGCCCCUCCUGACUCUGGCCAAUGCCUCCCUGCAGGGUGAGGUGCAGAGGGUGGCGUGCACCUGCCUCGAGCACUGCCCGUGACGAGCCCGGCAGCUCACCGGUGGCUCGUGGUGCCUGGCCGGUGCGAGCCACGUCCCCCUGGGUGCUGGGACACCAGGCAGCGGGCUGUCUCGUGGCCAGGCCGCCGCUGGUGGGCUGUUGUAUCCCCUGGGAAGCUGCAGGCUGGUUUGAGGUGUUGGGGGCACCAGGCAGAGGUACCCCCGCACCCCUUCCCUCCCUGCUCGCUGCCUGCAGAGCUGCUGCCCCGGCCAGGGCAUGCCACCAGCUCCAGGGCACGGUGCGUGCUGAGGCAGGGCACAGGAGCUGGGCAGCCAGGGUUCAGCGGGGAAGCGUAAUCUGAUUUUCAGGGCUGUGAUGCGAUUUUCACAGCAGUGAUGCGGAGCCCCCGCGUCUGGUCACGUCGCUGUGCCUCCCCGUGGGGCUGGGCUCCUGAAGGAGGCAGCUGAGCGCUCCCAGCACUGCUCUCACCCGGGGGGUGCCGAGGCUCUGAGGCGUGGGGCCGGGGGAGCAGGCGGCCACGCGGAGGCCUGCUCCUGCCUCCAGGAGCACGUACGGCCCUCUCGUUUCUAUUAAAACGCUGCAGGCAGAGAGGAAACCUCAUUUAUUUACGGUCUCGCCCUUGCCGGUACCGCUCGGUGACGCUCCGAGCCCUGACGGGCACGGGGCCCGGAACAAGAGGGCGUGCGGCAGCGGGCAGGCAGCGGCACGGCGCGGCCCCAGGCGGUUUCACGCCCUGCGGCCUCCCCGCAGGCCGGCUGCCCCCACGGCCCCGCAGCCGCUCCCCGGCCGGCGGCUCGCGCUGGGCACGGCGCUGCGGGAGCAGGGAGCGGGGAGCGGGGAGCGGGGAGCGGGGCUCGGUCACCCGCUCGUGCUCGCCGCGUGUCCCCUGCCCAGCAGCUUUUGCCACUGAGUCAGGCGGCGGGGGCGGCA